AUGAGUCUUUACGCUUUCGAUCCUGAACUGGAGCAAAAGUUAAAUGACAUUGACGAAUUUAUCAGGUCGCAGUGCGGAGACGAGUUAGCCGAAGGGUUUGAUCAAAGCGAGUGGCUUUUGCCUUCAAACGCCGGGGAAGCCCCGCCGCAGCCCAGCUCUUGCAACGUGAAAGGUACGUCUGGGAUUUUGUUCUAAUAAGGUGCUAACGGAUAAAGGCGAGUGAACAAGGCACGGAGCGACAGGGUGUGCCAAACUUCACUUUAAACCAGAAACGUGGCUAACAAAGGCAAAAUAAGCUCUUUAUAGUCUUAGUAAUUUAGCAGAUUUCACCACUGAAACGUGGAUAAAAACAAUUAUUACCUCGCUUGUACAUCAUUGGCGCGAUUUUCUCUCUAUCUUUUAUACUCUUCCAAACCAACGUAACAUGCUUUUAAGUCACGUAGAACGUGUCUCGGAUUUGGGCAUUAAAAACGACACCGAGUUAAAAAUGGUGCUUUCACGAUUUUUUUUGGCUAACAACUUGCAUCGGAUUGCAUCAGCUCCAACAGCCAGGAGAACGACAAUAGCAGCGAAAAUAGUUCCAUAUAUUUCCAAGCCACAUGAUCUGAAACAGAAUUAGAGUAUCAACGGGCCUUUAAACAAUUUGACGGUAAGGUACACCCGAUGUUGUGUACACGCAUUAAGCAACGUCACUUCGCGAAACAGUCAUUAAUUGACUUGCUGUUUCAAGUAGCGCACUCGGCAGUUUUCUCGUUUACUUCCACGUGCUCCCCUAAGGCGGGCUAAGUUCGUUAACAUUUUUCCUUUUUGUAAGCAAACUGAAAUUACCAAGUGACACUAAACAAAUUUUCCGCGUCUAAGUUUACCGAGUUGAGAGAAUGGUCUUCAACUUAACGGGUCAACAUGUAGAUACGUAGCUCAGUACAACAUGCUGCGUGUGCUUACUUGAAUCAUACCUGUUCAACAAUAAAAUAAAGAAACUAUUGCUGUUUAUUACGUAUUCAACUUUUCUGAAAGACUUCGACGUAUCAGGAGGCACAAUUUUAUCUUUGAAGCCUUAAGUGAUAAGUCAAUGUUAUUGAAAGAUCCUGUUUCCUUCCCCUCAAAUAGUCAGUCUUGGACAAACUGACCACAAACAAACCAGUUCUCGUAUUAUCACCAAAAGUGUGAGGCAUUCAAGUACUUCCCAAUUACCAAAAUAAACUGUAAUUUUAUUGCGCGUGCUAGAAAUACUGCUUGAACCAGUUUCCAAGCCUUUUCCCCGAUAUUCUUUGUCGAGCUCACAUGCAGUUAUGGCAGACUCAAAAUAAAAAUAACUUUUAUCGAUGCUGAUGGCAACACAAAACGUACCGUACGCGCCUACAGUUAAAUCAAAAUUGUUUUCUUUUUUGUGAAAAGUAAUUUUUCUGUCUGAAAUACAACAGUGUCAAUCAAAUUAGCUAAAAAUUUCAAAUUGGGGAGUGUGUCAUUUUGUUAUAAUAAGCAGGUCAAGUUUUUGGCUUCAAUCACCGGAAAAGGAAAAGUCUUAUAUCUGAAAAUUUACUGAAAGAAGGGGGGAAAGCAUAGUAAAAAACUAGUAUUUAGAAGCUAGGCCUGCCUGACACGUUCUGGAUAAGAAUUAACCCCGUGUUUUCUUGGAGUGUAAGUUUUAAGUUGCUUUACAUUUAUUACUGAUAAAUUAUUAAGAUAGCCUUACAAAAAUUAUGCCCUCUUUCAAAGCAAAAUUGGUCUAAAUUUGACAAUUUUCAGUUUGGUAAUGAACGUGUCCAAAGGAACUUCGUUAAUGUGUCCAUUUAUUUCUAUUAUAUGUUUUAGUUGCCAACGAGAUGUUCUCUACUCUGCAAAGUAUGUACUUCCCUUCUUACACCGGAUAAAUAAACGCGUAAUACUUAAACCAAAAUAGGGCUAUUUUAUCAUUUUUCGCCGAUAAGCAGCAAAAACAAAACAUCAGCAGAAACCAGAGAAACCUUAGGAAUACCAUUCAUUGUGUCAAUUUGUAACAGAGAAGCCCUUUUAAUGACUAAGUCGCUUUCUUGAUGCUGCACUAAGUUAAAAGUAUCUAUCGUUCGAUAUCUCAUCUUUGUCAUAAUCUAUUGUCGGAGCAAAAAUGUUGUCCUUUGUAAAGCAAUCAGAAAAAGGGCUAGCUUAGGAGAAUACGGUUAAGUAAACCUUCUGAUAAAACUGAUCAAACUCCACUUUGCAAAAAAGACAGGCUACGAGUGGAACAAGUGUUUAAGGUAUGGAUAUCAGUAAUUUUAUAAACAUCAGUAUAUAUACUUGACCCAAUUGCAAGCAUCUAUUCUUCCAAUGGCGCUCAUAAAAUUAAAUAUAUUCAAUUUUACCCCCAACAAAUGAAGACAGAACACUUUUUUUUCACCAGAUAGACUCAAUACUUUCAAGGAUAAGUCUAGUGAGGUUGUAUAUGACAUGAAUAGUUUUCGAAAAUAAAAGUUAUGUUCUGCAAAGACGCACACUAAGACAGUCCUUGUAAUGUGCGUGUACCAAUUCAUAAAGAAAGCAAACAUAAUUUAAAUUAAAGCAAUUGCAUAGAAUGGCUUAGUUUUUAUUUAAACGCGUUUGUUUUUCUGAAUAUAAGCAAUGCAUUUUUUCAAUUAAACACUGAACAAGUUUUUGAGUCAUCCUUUGAAACGUACUUUGAAGCUAAAGGCAAAUUGCACGAGGUCUAAUUCCAGUAUGUCCUACAAGGUUGACAAGAUUGAUAGGAAAGAAGGGUUUUCUUACAAUUUGCGUUAAGAUAAGAGGAAAAUAAAAAGCUACCUUUAUUUGAAGAGCAGUCAGGGUGAAUAAACAAGUUUAAAGAUCUAGAAAAACAACUCUACUUUAUGUCAGGCUAUGAAGGUUGCUCAACAUCACAACACAACGAGCUCGCUUGUUGAAUACAUCGAACAACGUCCUUACGUUAACUAUUUGCAAAAAGACUAAAACAAGUAAUAAUCAUGUCAAAGUGUUCCGGCGUUAAUGCCUGAAACGACUUGACGUUUCUAUAGUCUUUACCAGGCUAAUUUGUUAAAGCUCGAUACAGGGAUAAUAGUAAUAAUAAUGAUAAAAAACAAAGUCCUAAGCUGACCAGCAACAGUCAGUUCCAUGACAAUAUGGCGAGCAUAUUCAAUAAAAUGAAAAAACACUUAUCUUCACAAUUUGCUUUUAGUUAGUCAUAUUUACUCAACAUCUACAACACUCUUUGUUUGGGAAGUCUUCCGGCCUUUCAUAUUGCUUUAAGUAGCUUUAGUUAAACAAAAAGACGGGCAUUACUCAUCAAGAUAUGUUUUCAGUGCUACAACAAAGAAACGCACUGGAAUCGGUCAACAGCACUAGUUCAAUUCCAUAACCAACACUUUGACUGUGGACAAAAAAAGCCAAAAUUCAUUCACAGUAACAAACACUGUUGCAACUUAGUGCUUUAUUGGCAAUGAGAAACACAACAAUACUUAAGCGUUUACGGUAAAUUCGUUAUACGCAAAGGACACAUAAUGUAAUCUAAACCUCAAGAAGAAAACAACAAAGCUCCAUUAUGCACGUCGAAAAAUCGUGAAACACUAAGGUUUAGGCGCGUUGAGCCUGAAAUAUCUCCGUUGAAACUAGAAAGUUAUCGUUUCCUUUUACCGAGACCACUGCAAUAAUUAGUGAGCUGAUUGAUUAUGAAAUAAAAAUUCCAAGAAAGUCUAAAAGCACAGCUAAUAUUCAAGUUUCCUAUACUUAGUUGUCUAAUUAUGGCGACUGUCUCGUAGACUUGGACAAGCUGAGGCAGAAGGGAUAUAGGUUAUAAAGAAAACAGGAAGUGAUUUUUCCUCGUUGUUUCAACCUACACAGUUCACAAAUAAUCAGCUGACGCACAAUAACUAAACAAAAGGUUAACACCUAUACAUUAACAAAAGCAGAGUAAGGGACAAAUAUCCCUUACAAAACGUCACUGUAAGAGACAUUUAACACCUUAUCUUAUUCAGUUCUUGGAUACAGAGUUAAGUCAAUGCAAUUUCUGUGAAAAACGUUCAACACAUCUCAAGAAUGGAACACAAAGAAAGGAAAAGAGUAUCAAAUUAUCUAAUAGCAAAGAAGCUUUUUUUAGUCAUUGCAUGGCAGUAAACCUGCUUGGUCUAACAAACAAUACAAUAUCAGGUUUUAAUCAGCUAUAGUAAACAUUAAACAUUUUUAAAAUGACCAACUGCGCAACAAGUCUUAUCGCUUAGAAAAGUGGACAUAUGACUUAUCUCCAGGUGUUGGAAAACGUCUUGCUCCCUCCCCUGCCCAAUCCCCACCCCCUAUGCCUUAGUCCUUUUGUGUAGGAUAAGAAGGGGGUAUGAUUACAAAUUCCCUUUCUUUCAAAAGCAUCCAGGAUAUAACUCUCAAGGCUGGCAGCAUUUUACUAUUUUAAGGUGGAAUUUUGCUGACAUGAAAAAAGGCUUUCCUAACAAUUCUAGGCGACUCGAACGUUGAAGACAUUUUUUUAUAUUCUUUCUUCACAAUGGACACGAGCCCAGAGUUUUCUAAUAGACAUUGAUAAUUCGUGUCAGGUGUAAGUCUCCAGAAAGUCCAGCCAGGUUUGCACGGUAUAGUAAACAGGAAACCUCUUGCCCAUUGGUGAUGAAAUGUUAAGGAAAAUGGUUAUGAGCUAUUUACUUCUAUGGAGUAAAAUACAUGUUGCUCCGAGCAGAAAUGAUUUGUAUUCACCCACGCAUAGCGGAAAGGAACGAUAAUUGAGUUUAAUGAAAUUGCGGGUGACUGAAUUCAAGUUGUUCAUCACUGAUGACAAAAUUUGUUUUGUGUUUCAACAAUUCUCAAUAAAAUGCCAGUUAAAUUAGGCUAGAACUUGCAUGUGAUUACCAACUGAUAUAAAAGCUGCCUCUCUGUUUUCUUAUCACUUCUUGCUGAAUCGCACCUGGGCCUGUUUGUCCGCGCUUGUAAGCUGUCGAUAAGUUGUUCGUACUUCCGGUUCAGCAGGGUGAGGUCACGCUGCUGUAUGCAUGCCCGUUACGCUUUUCCCGUUCAGCUUUCCGAGAAAGUCCAACUGACGCCAAAUAUAGGUGCCAGUUUUCUCCUUCAAGCCCCAUGUAAUUUUACUUUCUAACAUUAAGCUUAAAUGCUUGUGAAGCUUUAUUAAAACAUUAAAAAAGCAUUGAACUUGUCUUUGUAUGUUCGCCAGGCAAGUGCGACUGAACAGUAUGUUUAUGCGGGGUUUUGCGCCAGCGGUCUCAAAUUCGUGAAUAAGCAAAAAUACUCUUCGUAAUGGUUGAACAAGUUUAAUAAGCUGCAGUAAGUCGUUGAUUCGAUGAGCGGGCACGCCUCUCUAUGAAACAAAAGUUCGGGUCAAGGUUAAUUCAAGCUUAUUUUCCGUAUCAGAAACGAUCGAGUUACCAGAAAUAAAACCUGUGAUUAGUAUGGAACUCACGUAUACGUUUUUCAAGCGUUCAAAAGGUUAAUUCUCUACUGCUACAACUUCAAAAGAAGAAGACUCGAUCCCUUUGAAAACAAAUCGCUCUAAAAACGACCUACUAAGUUUUACGUAUCUAAUAAUUGUGAAAAAGUGUAUGUCUUUUGUUACUUUUCUGAAAAUGGCAUUUUGAACGAAACUUACUACAUAUCCUCUCCCUAAUUCCCCCAUUUUUAAAAUGUUACGUAACACAAAAAAAACGUGCGUGGUAUCAGAGAACUAACUAAGAGAACUGGAAGUAAAAUAAGCAAGAUUAAACAGCGGGGCCGAGAAUUUGUUCAAUUCUCUCUCGUGUUAUUUCUUUUGGUCUCGUGAACACUGUAAGUCAGAGCGAGGAGGUAUCGGUCUGUUUACAAUAAAGAUAAAGUUUUGGUUGGUUGACGACAAAACCGUUAUGGUCAUUUAGUAUAAAGAAGAAAGCAUACAAAAAAUAUUUAUUGAUUAGAAGAACUACGGGCUUCGGCAACGGUGGUCUAGUGAUUUUACAAGAUUUUUUAUCGUUUCGUGAUCAUCAAGAUUCAAAAGGGAUUAGCACCAAUUGAGAUAGAGAAGAAAGAGCUCUUGUGUAGUAACUCAUGUGUCCUUCCGAAUGCAUCAACAAAUGUUGUUCAUCUUCGACGCAUUUUUGUUUUUACACGCUAAGCUCGUUCUUUCGUCUAAAGACAAAGCCGCGCCUUUAUUUUUGUCACCGGGAUUUUCCAGUUUGUAUCUGAAGUAUAUGAGCCCUUACCGAAUCGGCGUUUUCUAAGACGUAGUCUAUGAAAUGAGUUUCUCCGAGAAAACUUUUCGAAUGGGUACGCUUUUGCAUUAAUUCUUUAUUAGAACCUUAAUUAGUACCUUACUGAGUGACUGAGUGAGCAAGUUGGUAUAGCUAACUUAUCUCCUUAUUUGUUUACUUUGAAAGCAGUUGCCCCAAGUAACACGGUUUCUUGUGGCGCCAGAAUGGAUGAGCUCUCUACACACCAUUGCUCAACAUCACAAGGACCUGAGGUACGGGUUCAAAUACUGAACCUCAUGGACAUCUAUGACAAAAAAACUACAAAGACAUCGGGAAAGUACGAAUAUCGCCUGGGAUCGUCGGAGGUGACUAUUGUAGCCCAUUCAUCCGAAGAAAUUAAAAGAGUUCGAGUAUAUGUGCAGAGAUGCCCUGAAGCAACAGUAAGGACACACGACACAACAGGUACUUUUAGCAAUCAAGACCGGUUUCCUAUCACCCUACGAAUGCUUACAUCGAGUCAAUCAGAUAAGAAUUGAUAUUCAUAGAAUGGAGAGUCUUUUCAUGUGUUUGAAGCACCUGUCAAGGAACCAAUUCAGUUCAAUAAGUCUAAAAUGUCCCCUAAUUUUACUCAAACAUUUUACUGUAAGGACUUAUUUUCAAGAACGUUCGGAAAAAAAAAAGAUUAAUCAAUAAUAUUUGCUCGGUUACCUGAAAAAAGAAAAAGAACUUUGCUGAAUGCAUAUAUUGAUAACGAGUUAAUUGUUCCUUAACAUGUUGUUAAAGUGGAACCUCAAUAUAUCGAACACCUUUCAGUUUAUCAAAAACUGCACAAUGUUACGAACAAAGGAUUAACACAGCAGCUCAGUGACCUCAAAUACCUGUUUGGACUUCUUUGAAUUCUCUUCUGUGCAGCUUUUAGUAGCUUUAAAUACCUGUAAAAAGGAGCACUGAUAGAGAGAGUAGGGUAACAAAAAUGAGCGCUCUUUCGGCCUCAAGUUUUUUAGCCAGAUAAAUAUUUCGAGCUACCGACAUUAGUUUUGUGAAACGUAUACUAGGAUAAACCCACACACUUCCUUUAAUCGCGAUUCAUUGCAUAUCAGUGGCCACAAGGCACGUCAUAUUAAAGAUUCAAACUGGUGAGUUUGUAUCGAAUGUAUCUGAGUUUGGAUAGAUUAGAGUUUUAACUAUGUAUUUUGGCCUUUGCCAAAGGUCCUGUUGAACUAGAAGUAGACGUACAACACCAUAGUCAGUCGCAGACGGUUGUCUCGGUGGAUUUAGGAUCAGUCCACAGAACCGAGGAAGGAUUUGCAGUGUACCGACUAGACAAGUCUGACAUCGUGGAGAGGAACAAAUGGGAGCUGGUUAUUAUGAUCGGUUUUCAUACUGGAAUCAUCGCUGCCUUCAAAUCAAAACCUUUUCGGAUCACUACAAGAGCAAGUCAGAGGGCGAGAAACUUAGUAGAGCAGGAAGAUAAUACCAUGGGUAAUUAGAACACUUAGAAUUUGUUUAAGUUAGACUUGUCAUUGUCACAUGCAACGCCCCUUUUAUUGUCAGACUUGGACACUGCAUUUUUACAUUGAAAGGCAAAUUCCGCGAUGGCCAAUUGAUAAGUUUUCUGUCAAAAAUGUAUGAGAAACUCUCAAAUUUAUCUUAGUAUUUGUUAAAACAUACUGAAAAGUGUGAGAAUUUUUACAUCGGUACAUGCAUAAGUCUAGAAUCUUCCACAGUCAUAAUGCGUUGAAACAAUUUCAGUGUUUCAAGAAAAGAAAAGGGAGCUUAAGCAACAACGACGGCCAACGGCUACGAAAACGUCACACUGACUUUAAAAAAGUGAAUUGGCGCUGCCUCCAACUUUAUCGCGCUUAUUCCAUCUCGUUUAAUUCGUCAAAUGUUGGCAAAUUUUUUUGGAGUUGAAUUCUUAAAGACUGUAUCAAAGUUAAGGGAAAGAAAGAGAAAGUUGUUGUCUUGUGUUCCCGUCCUCGACGAAACGUGAAAUUAGCCACUUUCACGUCGUAGUCGUGCAACUACGGCUAAGAACUGAAUGCACAAAAAAGCGUGAUGCACGUGCUAAGUUGUUGUUUUGCUUAUAUAAGGCUAUUGCUCUUUUUCCGUUCCCGUUGCCGUCGCCCUCGUCGUUGCUUAAGCUCCCUAUCUGCGAACAAAAGCUACCACUGCACUCAUCAAAGACAUUAUGCGAAGUCUAAAAACCACCAAAACAGAAAAAAAGAGCUAUUAUUUCUUUAGCCCUAAUCACUGAUCACUGCCCGAAAAAGUUACCACAUCUAUUAAACGCAUUAUAGUUUUAAAAAGGUUUAAACACUUAUUUGUACUUUGCAUUAUUUCGUAGAAGCUCUUGAAGAUGUGCUUCCCAGAGCAUCUGCUCAAAGCUGCGAUAGCGGGACCUUCUCAACACAAAGUUGCACAUACUCCACUAUUGCUUCAGGUAGAAAAAUAUGUCAAGGUUAGAAGUCAAUAGUGAAGAGCCACUCAUUCCAACUACAGUAGUUUAUAAUUCAAAAACGAAGAAUAACUAGUAGGCUUUCAUAUGAAAUAACAACCGUUUGAAAAAAAGAGAAAGAGGCUGAAAACUGACCAUCACGGUUAUCAUGGUGCAGUUUCACUUUUUGGUUUAAACUUGGCCGAAUUAACAAUAAAUAGUUUCAGUAACAUGUACGUUAUGAACUCUACAGGGAAGAUAACAAGUUAUUCUCUAAAAGAGAAACAAAGCAUGAACACUUUUUGGCGCUUUUCGAGUUAGAACUAAACCUGAAACGCUGGCCCACUUAUUUCAAGGGCUAAUAUAUGUCUAUCAUGGUUAUCGAAAGCCACAAAAUAAAACAUGAACCAUUAAUUCAGGUUAAGGUUUGCUUUUAUUGCAAUGGGUUUCUAGUCUUAAAGAAACACCGAAAAAGUCACACAUUCUUUAUAAAUUAACUAUCCAAGGGCAAAAAAUAAAACUGGGAUUAGCUCGUAGAUUUCACCUCGCAUGGCUGGGUAUUGAAUGACCAAGAUGGGUCUCGAAGUUUAUUUAAUCAGUUCAAAUUUCCUUUAUAGACACAAGCGACGUUGUUAAAAGAGUGGCGUCUAAGCUUCGUCAGGAGUUUUCAAAGUUUAAUCUUAAGGACGAUACUCCCUGCCCAGCACGGAAAGCUUUUAGAACAGAUCCCCUUGUGCUAGGCAAAGUUGUGCUUAGACCAGAUACGACUUUGGACAAGACAAAGGUAUGUCAAUUUCUUGUGUGGUAGCUUUACUGCUGGUGUCGAUGGUGAAUAUUGUAAAAACAAUAACUUACAUUUGAAAACGCGCCAAAUCUUUUACUGCAUCAAACCCUAUGCUGUAGUAACCAAUUGCCCCCUGGAGCUACUUUAAAUUUCCGUUUCAGACCACAAUCUGGCCGGGAAAAUGCAUUAAGGCUGUCAACAAUUCUGCUUCCUACUAUACAAUAUGUAAUUAGCUUUCAUUUAAGGCUUAAAUAUUUCCGGCCUGGUAAUGGGGCCUGCGUGCAAAACUUCAGUUAUCCCAAGCGAGAUGUUUCUCCUUUUCCUUCCUUUUUCUUCCCUACUCUUUUGCAAAAGUUCUAAUACAAGUUCGAAUUCUUAAACUCGUUGUAAAAAUCUUCGCCCAUCCCAAGGAUGGGGAGAUAAACAUGAUUUAUUUUUCUUGAAUCUGUGGGCGAUGCUUUGGACCCAAUUUCGUUUUGGCGUCUUUCUAUCCCUUAAAUAGAAGCUUUGUUUGCAGGCUCUUUGGACUAACUCUAAUUGAAAUGUUGAUAGUAUGUUUAAUAAUAAACAAGGGCUCAUGCAUAGAACAAUGAUUUUGUGGUAUAACCUUUCAUCGACACUAUUUUUGAUACUGCCUGCUCACAGAGCAUGAUGACGUUCGUACAUUAUUGAGAUAGGUAAAAGUACUGGGUUAUUGCCCAAGAAAUCACGGAGCGAAGAAAACAAAAAAAAUACUACAAGGCUACAUGUGAUAGAACCUUUUAAUGCACCUCUCCCUGACUAGACAUCCUGGUGAAAACUCUUCCUCGUGUUUGACAUGCUGCUUCUUAACGAUGUAUUAUGAUUGCACUGCUUUUGCAUUCUCAUUUUAGGUAGCCAUGCACUACAAUCGUGACAUGCGUGCUCGCUACGUGGUUGAACAGCCAGAUCUUCCUAACCUACUGAAACUUAUGAACCUGAAAGCAAAUUGCGCUAGCAGUGGUCGGAGAAGAGCAAACGGCUUUAAAACGGCUGAAGAAGAUUUCUGGUGGGCGUGUGGGUUGUGUUUCUUCGAGCGACGUAAAAAAUCAACAGUUAAGGCCCACGUGGCACAAAGAGUUUGUCAGAAAACCUCUUUGAGGAAAGAACUGAAACAACGAAGAAAGGCAAUGGGACAUCUGAAACGAUACUCUAGUUGUGACUUUAGUAGCGAGAGGCUUGAAGGACUGGAGAAUUGGACAUGGGAAGGCCCUCAGUCUGUUUAACACUAGACUAUCUGAAAGUAUCAUGGAUAUCCAACUCAUGAUAUGGCAGCACGACAAUGUUGCAGUGAGGUUCUGUUUUGUAAAACAAAACAGAACAAGAAUCGAUGAAAAAAGAAAAAGAAUCGAUGCUUACUAUUUAUUAUCGCUAGUCAACCAAAAGCAGGCAGAGGACAAAUGUGAAAUGCAGGAUUGGACAAAGACUUUGCUUCAUCAGCUGCUUGCACUCCAUGAAAGUAACAUACCAGCUAAUACAAAGCCUAAACAAAGUACGACGCAUGCAAUCAAGGUACCAACUACUUUUAAGAAGGUCACUUUGACUUUACAGUGAUGUUAAAAAAACCCUUUCGAGGUUUCAACACAAAGGAGCUAGUUGCCUGCACACUCUGAAAAACUGCACAUUCAUAUUCAUAGUUUUCGUUCGAUCGCCAACAGUAAAAGUGAUUUUCUUCGACACAUAACCCACGCAACUGGCAGUCGUUGAACUCUCUAUGACCACUAUUCCAUUCUUUCAUUCAAUCCUACUUUGUAUAAGAUCAUUCAUCCUAUAAUUUACUUUCCUUAAGGACUUAAGGUUUUUGUCAGGGUCAUACUUAAGUCUACUUUACACAUCAAUAGACAAAUACUCAAGGAACAAACUGCCAUUUCAAUUAGUAUUUUCAAUACGCCAUCAACAAUAAGGCGGUUACACGACUAACCCCAACGUGAAUGAAUUGUCCCAUACAAAAGUAACGGCCUCGGUUACAUUUCAUAAAAAUGUGAGAGACAGAAUAUUAUUUGUACACUGCGGUAGUUUUAAAAUCGUUUUCUGUAUAUAGCAUAUCUGUAUAAUAAUUAUGCUAUUAAAAUAUGAUAAGUGGGUUUAGAAUAUACACACAGUGAUCUUGGAGUUUUAAGCAAUCUGAUUGCUCCUCCAUCGUGGGAUAAUUGUGCAAUUUCUACUCCUUACCGAGUGGAUAAUGCGUAAUCCUGAAAGCAAAGACAAAAUGGCUGGCUUUGACUUGAAAGAACUUUUGAAAAAUGCAAGAAGCGAAAGUAGUCAUUCAAAUCGACUUUUAAUCGUUUUCUUUCUGAAACUGUUGAGAUGACUUCGUGUGUACUAUAUACUUAUCAAUUAAUCUUUGCAAUCUGGGUGGAAAGGGGCCUUUGGAAUAUUUUCCUGGAUUUCAAAGAAUAACUGAUAAACGUUCUCCCUAAAUCAAGAACAGAAAAACCAUAACCAUCAAAUAGAUUAAGACAUUUCCAGACGGUUACAUAAUAACGAUAUAAAUUAUUGAUUGAUCUUUAUCUCAGUGACAUGAGAAUUUUCAAGACUAAGAGUAGAUGGAUGGUAGUUACAUUAUCUAUGUUAUAGAAAGAAAAAAACUUAUUAAAAGAUCCGUUAAGGGUUAUUAAAUGAUAAUCAGA